GGAAAUUUGGCGAAUUCAUCGUUUUCCUCUAGCAAACAAUUUCCUUCCAGUUUAAAGAACCGUUCCGGAUCAAAGUUUACGAUUUAUUCUCAAAGCUAGCCGCGAAUACUUAUUCUUCACAAUGCCGGACCAUCUGGGAGACGAUAUGCGAAAGGUGAAAGCCGAUAACAAGGAAGUGGAACCCGAAAUAGAAGCUCUCGAUGAGGUCGACAUCGAGCUCCUGAAAACCUAUGGGCAAGGACAAUACCAUAAGUCGAUCAAGCAGAUCGACGAAGACAUCCAGAAGGCGAUGAAGCAGGUUAAUGAACUGACGGGUAUCAAGGAAAGUGAUACCGGAUUGGCACCUCCGGCGCUGUGGGAUUUGGCCUCCGACAAACAAAUCUUACAGAACGAACAACCUCUACAGGUCGCUCGUUGCACAAAGAUCAUCAACGCUGACUCGGAUGAUCCAAAAUACAUCAUCAACGUAAAACAAUUUGCAAAGUUUGUCGUUGAUCUGGCGGAUUCCGUUGCUCCGACUGAUAUUGAGGAAGGAAUGCGUGUGGGCGUCGAUCGUAACAAGUAUCAGAUUCAUAUACCACUGCCACCGAAAAUCGACCCUACAGUGACGAUGAUGCAGGUGGAGGAGAAGCCGGAUGUCACGUACAGCGAUGUCGGUGGUUGCAAGGAGCAGAUCGAGAAGCUACGUGAGGUCGUAGAAACGCCACUUCUACAUCCGGAAAAAUUCGUCAACCUGGGUAUCGAACCACCGAAAGGUGUACUACUGUUUGGUCCGCCCGGAACCGGUAAGACGCUGUGCGCCCGAGCGGUGGCCAAUCGUACCGAUGCGUGCUUUAUUCGCGUCAUCGGAUCCGAACUGGUGCAGAAGUACGUCGGUGAGGGUGCCCGUAUGGUGCGCGAACUGUUCGAGAUGGCCCGCUCGAAGAAGGCCUGCUUGAUUUUCUUCGACGAAAUCGAUGCCAUCGGUGGUGCCCGUUUCGACGAUGGUGCAGGAGGUGACAACGAAGUGCAGCGUACGAUGCUGGAGCUUAUCAAUCAGCUUGAUGGAUUUGAUCCGCGUGGAAACAUCAAGGUGCUGAUGGCCACCAACCGUCCCGACACGCUCGAUCCGGCACUGAUGCGUCCGGGUCGAUUGGAUCGUAAGGUGGAGUUUGGUCUGCCGGAUCUGGAGGGAAGGACGCACAUCUUCAAAAUUCAUGCCCGCUCGAUGUCGGUUGAGCGAGACAUUCGAUUUGAGCUGCUGGCCCGUCUGUGCCCGAACUCGACGGGUGCGGAAAUUCGAUCCGUUUGCACUGAGGCGGGAAUGUUCGCCAUCCGUGCCCGCCGCAAGGUGGCAACCGAGAAAGACUUCCUGGAAGCGGUCAACAAAGUGAUCAAGAGCUACGCCAAGUUUAGCGCCACUCCUAGAUAUAUGACGUACAAUUAAAGAUCGAGGCGUUGGUUCUACCUUCGAGUAUCCAUUUACAUAAUUUCGUAACGUUUGAGAAUAAAAUAAUGUCCUUGUGGAAAAUUUGAUGUAG